AUGGGCUUGACGGGCGCAGGCUGUAAGACCGCGGCCUUGCUUUCGAAGCAGGCGGCUGCCGAGCUAUCUCGCCGAUUCACCAUACCGCACAGGCAUUCUCUGCCGCGUCAUCUCUUUCAUCACCCGCGCCGCUCAAGACUCUUCAGCCCCGCUCAGAGGCUCCAUCUUUCUACAUCUUCGGCGCUGAGAGCGAGUGCCUCUUCUAAAGGCAGGGCGACGCGCACCUCUGGCGCUGGCAGCACUACAGAGGGCGAGGCGAACGCGGGCCCUUCCGUGAAGGUGACCGACAGCAGGAACAAUCAGUCGUCUGAUAACAAGGCCGACACUACUUCCCGCACGCCUGAAGCCGAAACAGUGCUCGAGGUUGAUGCGGCAGCGCAAAGCACAAAGCAGGCCCCCAACACCGCGAGCGCGCCCUCGUCUCCCUCUGCUGCAAACACCGCAUCUGAGCAGGCGUCGUCUUCGCGGCAGCAAGAAACUCCAGCAGAGAACGAGAAGCAGGAUGCCUCAUCCAAGCAGCAGGCUCAGCCGAGCGCCAGCACUCCUCCAGCCAGCACAGGCCCUGUCACAGGCGAGGACCUGUUGAAGCAGCGCUUCUUCCACGCUCAGGAGCAGAACAAAAGGGUCUUCUCUGGUCUCACCUCUCCGCCCAACCCUGCAGCAAACCUACACCCGUCCUUCAGCACACCUGGUUCUGAUCAGCGCAUCAUCCCUCCUGAGACUACCGGCAACGCAGCAUCAUCGUCUUCCGCAUCGCCAGAUCCUUUGCAACAGGGCGCAAGCUCAUCAGGUACUACCUCGGAUAGUUCGGGAGCUUCGCAGACGACGACAACAGCAUCCAGCAGCGGUCCUGGCGACAUCGAUUUCGAUCCCAGACUGCAUCGUCCUGCAUCAUCGCAGUCCCUGCAAAGUCUGCAGGUCCCCUUCGACACGCAUGGCUUUGUCAAGCGAUUGGAAACCGGCGGCUGGAUCUCUGCCGCCGCCAAGACUCAGCGCGGCGGAGCCAGCACAAAGGCAGGAAAGGGCAAGCAAGCGCAGACCGAGCCAGCCGCCCAAGAGCUUCAGCUACAGAUUGCGCGUCGCCACGAUCCGGCAGAGGCCAUCAUGGAAGGUGUUCGACACCUCAUCACCACCCGAGGUCGACAGCUUGCUCACGCCUGCCUCAACAAGAGCGACGUCGAGAAUCAAGCGUACCUCUUCAAGGCCGCCCUGUCAGAGAUUCGCACCGAGGUUCAAGUGCGAGGCAGGAACGAUGCUGCUGGACUCCGCAGCAUCACCACACUUCUUCAACGCGAAGUCGACGCGCUCGAGCAGAAGAUGAAGGAAGACGUCGAGCGCCUCAAGCACGACAUCCAGGUGGACAUGAGCACUCGCAAAGCCGAGUCCAAGGGCGAACAAAACAAUUUGGAGCAGGAGAUCCAGGAUCUCAACAAUCGUUUCACCAUCAGUCUCUCGGAUCUCAAGACCGAGAUCGAGCAGAAUGUCAAGUGGGAUGCCACAAGACGCAGUUUGUUCCUCGUGUUUGGCAUCGCCGCCAUCGUCGCUGCCAACCUCGCCAUCGCCGACUACCUCACCAGGGAUGACGAGGCAGCCAAGGCAGCGGCUAGUAGUCAGCCUGUCAACGCUGGAAACCCGCCAGCCUCUGCUGCGCUCGGUUGGGCUACCGAGGGUCGAAUUCUCUCCGUCUUGCCAAUCAUGCUCCUCAAGCCCAACAGUCGCCUUGGAGCAGCUGGCCGUCGGGCUUGCCGUGACCUGCGCCGUCACUUUUCAAGUCAUGCUCCAACUGUUGCCACUGCCGGUCUCUACACCGCAUCAGCAUCACAAAGAGCUGCCAAGCAGCAUGCUCAGGGUCGUCACGGUAUCGCAGCUCCAGCGACAAGUGUUGGUUUCGGCCGUCAGCUGAGCUCAACGGCGUGUCUUGCCCGCGAGCAUGCUCAAGAGCUACGUGUUGCAAAUUCCGACGUGAUCAUCCGACUGCUUCCGGACGGCCUCACGAUCGAAUCGCAGCAGCUAGGCCUGCAGCCCUUCCAAUUGGACCACGUCUGGCUGCGCGAUGCCUGUCAAGCGCAGCAAUCAGUGCAUCCGAGCAAUCGUCAAAAGCUCUUUCACACCAGCGAUGUCCCGCUCGAUGUCGCACUGCUCGAUCCCAGCCACCCUCCAAAGAUCGUUACCUCUGGCGAUGAGCCAGCACUUCGUCUCACUUUUGCUAAGGAGCACGCUGUCGUCAAUGCGUUCACCGUCACGUUCGGCGAGGUCAAGCAAGCCGACGCUCCGCACGUCUCGGACUACCCCAUCCCUUUUCUGCUUCGUCAUGCCAUCGACACCUUCUAUGCAGACACGCACAUGGACGUCAUGGCGGUGUCCGAAGGCUGGGCUGCCAAGGAUCUGACGCACUUCAAGACGAAGCCGUGGUCUCCUGACGCACCUCUGUCCGCCGAUGCUCUCGCAAGUGGUGCCGUUGCUCGACCCGCCCGUAUCCCUUGGGACGCCAUCCGACCCGACGAAGCGUCAUCCAAUGAUGCUGACCGCACCAAGGCAUUGUACGCGCUCACCGAGGCUGUAGUCCGCGAUGGAUUUGCAUUUGUGACUCGCCUGCCCACCGACACGACAUCCACCGAAGAAGGCCCACAGUCUGCCCGUCUUCGUGAUCUCGCCAACACCAUGGGCGAGCUACGCAAUACCUUCUACGGCCUGCUUUGGGACGUUCAGUCCAAGGCGGACGCCCGAAACAUCGCCUACACCAACCUUGAUCUUGGACUUCAUAUGGAUCUGCUCUACUUCCAAAACCCACCUCGCUUCCAGUUCCUCCACAUGCUGAGGAACAAGGUGCGCGGUGGUGCCAGCAUCUUUGUCGACAGCUUCAAGGUGGCCGAGCGCAUGUACGAGGAGGAUCGUGAGCUUUGGGAAGUGCUUACCAAGGUCCCGGUCGGAUUCCACUACGUCAACGAUGGCAGACAUUACAGGUUCACGCACCCGACCUUCGAGCUGGCUCAUGACACAGAGGGGCACGCAGGUGGUCCUUUGGCUGGAACAAGUAUGCCCAGGCUCAGCGCUGUCAACUACUCGCCUCCCUUCCAGUCGCCUAUCCCGCUGCACCCGACCGAGCAUCUCCAGACGUCAGAGCAACGACAGACCUUCUACCGCGCUCUGAAACGCUUCUCGGAUCUCACGCUGGCCGAGGAAUUCAGGUACGAGAAGCAGAUGGAGGAGGGAGAGUGUGUCAUCUUCGACAACAGGCGCGUGCUGCACUCGAGAAAGGGGUUCGAAUGGGACGAAAGCAAGCAGGGCGAGGUCAAGCGUUGGCUCAAAGGCUGCUACGUGGACGGUGACGCGAUCUGGAGCACGUACAGGACGCUGCGAACCAAGGUCCACGGACGAGCACCGCUGGUCGCGUCUACCUCGGAUGGUCGUCGAUCGUUCAGCACCUCUGCGAGCAGAUCUGCCGUCAUGGCCGCUCCUUCGACGGUUCCUUCUGCUCCAGCCGCACCUGCGCAGGCUGAAGUUGAAGCUGCUGUCGACGCGACAUCCUUCGCGCCGCUCUCCGACGAUCCCACCGUUGUCGAUCUGCGCACACUCGGUGGUCUGCGAUCACGGGAGCCCUCCACGUCAUUCUCUGCUUAUCGACCUGUGCCUCCCCUCACCACCGCGACGUUGCCGAAGCUUUACAAGCAGUUGUCAAAGUCACGUCUCACCUUCUUGGUUGUGCUCACUGGUAUGGCUGGCUACGCUCUGUGCCCGGCGUCGCUCACCGUAGCCGUCGCUUCGCCCGUCACGACCUUGCUCGCCCUCACUGCCGGCAUGACGCUCUGCUCGGCCGCAGCAAACGCGCUCAACCAGCUUGUCGAGUCGCCCUACGACGCCCAGAUGCAACGUACACGAGCCCGCCCACUCCCAUCUCGCUCCGUCACACCGCUGCACGCCUUCACGUUCGCCUCGGCGUCCGCCGCGUCCGGAGUCGGACUGCUCGCCACCAUGGUCAACCCCUUGACCGCCGCACUGGGCGCAGCCAACGUCGUCCUCUACUCGUUCACCUACACGCCGAUGAAGCGGAGUACGAUCGCCAACACGUGGGUUGGCGCUGUCGUCGGUGCCCUGCCUCCGCUCAUGGGUUGGGCAGCUUGCACGGGCACGCUCUUCACGUCCGCCGAUCUGGGAGGCUGGUCGCUCGCAGCGCUGCUGUUCGCAUGGCAAUUCCCGCACUUCAACUCGCUCGCCCACACGCUGCGUGCCGAGUACGCGCGGGGAGGAUACCGAAUGAUGGCGGUGGUCGAUCCGGCGCUCAACCGAAGGGUGUCGCUCAGGUACGCGGUGGCGCUGCUGCCCAUCUGCACGGUCAUGGUGCCGCUGAGUGGGAUCGUGAGCCCUGUAGCGUUCGCCGUGCUCAGUACGCCGUUGAACCUGUUGAUGGCGCAUGCGGCGUGGAAGUUCUACCGGGAAAAGACGGUCAAGGCGGCGAGGUGGUGUUUCUGGGUGAGCUUGAUUCAUCUUCCGGCGGUGAUGCUGUUGGCGAUGGGAUGCAAGCCUGAAGUGUGGGACGGGCUGUAUCGCUUCCUCGGGUGGUCUACGGUGGAAAAAGAGAUCAAGUCGGAGGAUCCGCAGGAGAAGCUGGUAUGA